UAUCAUACAGUACAUUGCUAUAAAAUGGCCAAUGUAUACUUGUGGAUUUCAAUGAUUAUAUUAAUUAUAAAUGAAGCAAAUGCAGUAACACUAUUUAAUUGGUUAUGGGGUACACCUCCUCCGGAGGCUCCUACAAAUUUUUUGAUUGCCGAUGGCACACCUUUGAUAUCAAUCCCAUACGAAACUAUGACAGAAGAUGAAAAGUUUUUAAAAGAAGCUGCAAAGCUUACAAACAUUCAAGUUUCAUCCCCUUUAGAAACGUGUCAACAUAAAGUCAUUAUGAAAAUAAGAACUUCUUGCUAUGAUAUGAAUGAGGAACAGCUUGCCAAAUUGAGUGUCAAUUUAUUGAAUUGUCAAUCGGCAGUAGAAGGAAGGAAAAUAUUUCCCUGUACAGAAGAGAUGUCUCUUAAACAAUGCACGACAGAUAUGGAUACAGAUACAUGGAAUGCGUAUCAUUUGAUGAGUAAUAGAGCUAGAGCAGUUUGCUAUGCUGCUAGAAGUACACAAUUUCGUGCUCUUACUGAAUUAACGGUCAAUAAAUUGAUGCAAACUGCACAUUCGCAAAUUAAAACGUUAAUAUCCUUGAAGGAAAGUCAGGAUCGUUUGGUGGAUCAGACAAGCGAAGCGUUGUCUUCUUUAUCUGAUGGUAACAAAGCAUUAUUACUGCAACAACAAAAUCUAAAAGAUGCUCAAACGACUGCUCAUAAGAUGGUAACUAAUAAUCUUAAAAAUUUAAAUAACGAAAAAGCACUGAUUCGUCUAGGUCAUGCUCAAAUUGCAACCAUGGUGGAAGAUGUGAAAAAAAAAUUAGAAAACGCAACCAAGGAACUUGUUAAACAAUCUGCCGUACACGGGGAAAGUCAUAAAGAGAUAUUACACGACUUAACAAGUAUACGUAAUCGAGCACAUUUAAUUUGGGAAAAGAUAGAAUCUAGUACUACUCUUAUACUCGAUCGGCAUCAGGAAGCUGUCGAUCAGUACGAACAAAUGAUGCAAAAAUUGGCACAUAUUAAUGAUACUAUUCAGUUCAUCUCUAAUAUUACUAAUAAUAUGCGUACAGAAAUAGAACAGACAAUUCGCCAACUAGAUUGGAUUAUAGGCUAUAUAGGAAAUACCGGGGAACAAUUACAAAGAGUAUAUCGCACGGUUUUGCAUAUUGUAUAUUUAUUAAUUGCCAUGAUAACUGCUGCAUUUCUGAAUGCACCAUUUUGGACCAGAGCAGCUAUAAUGGGCAUUGUACCUUUAAAUCUUUAUUCUUAUUUAAAACAUGGUUUAGAGGCCUGCCUUGACUUUAUUUCUAUCACUGUAUUAAUACUUUUAAUAACAGGAAUGCAUUUUUUGAUGAAUGGCAUACAAUAUAUUUGGAAAUCCAAAUUUCACAAUACCGAACCAGUUAGAUCGAUUAAUCAAAAUAGUGGUAAUGGUGAUAAUUGUAUGCAUGUAUCGCCUUUAAAAUCACCUUCGGAAUCUUUGGAUUCUGAUCAUAUUCAAACAACGUUCAUGCUGUCUUUAAUAAUAAAGACAAUUUACAACUUUUUUAUUACAAUACUUAAUAAAAUAAAUAGUUUAAAAGCUUUAUGGAGUCAACAAAAUGCGUCCAUACAAGAGGAACUUUCUUGCUCAUAUAUACCAGCGAAAAAGUCGCACGAAGAUAUCUACGAUUACGAUGAUAAUCCGGAUACGUCGAAAGAUAUAGAUUAUAAUGUCGUUAACGAUGUUAAUGAUUUCAUAAAUACAACAAACGAUCUUAGAUAUCGUUUAAGAGGAAUAAACGAGUUUGUUUCUACGACUGAUCAAACAAAUAUAUCUACAAAUUCAUCCAGAAGUGUUAGCCCGAUGCAUACAGUACCGCGUAUUUUAUGCAAUGGAUUGACACGAAACGGAAAAAGAUGCCGCUUAUUUGCAACCACCGGUCAUGAGUUUUGCUCUCGUCAUUCUUCUGGCACUUUUAAUUAUACUUCGUUAAAUUAAUAUCAUUUCUCGUAUAAUAAGAAAUAUACAAUAUACGAAUAUUCAGUGAUAUACAGGUAGAACUGUUUAUAUGCACUACUAUAAAUAGUAAUUGUAAUUUAAGUAACAUAGUUUUUCAAUUGUAAAAAUAAAUUAUUUAUCGCGUCUUUUAUAUAGUUAUAUUGUAAUAAUAUUUUAAAUAAUUAUAUUUAACUUUUAGUAUAUAAACAUGUGUGUGCUGAAAUCAGAAGGUUUAUUGAUUAAGUAGGUUAGGUUAUUUCCUUCUUACACAUGUGUGGCCGUCACGCCUCUGGUGGCGAAACUAAAUAACUAAAAAAAACCGCUCUCUUCCGUCCCAACCACCGAGCGAGACACACGGGUACUCACUAACAGCG